GACGAGAGCGAGCGGCGCGGUGGGAUCUACCUAUCACCGGGGCCUUCCCUCCAGUCCCCCCCCCGGGCCUUCCCUCCGCACACACCCCGCCCCUCGCUCAUUCCCCUCCGGGCCUUCCCUCCAGACACCCUCCUGCGCUCAGUCCCUCGAGACCCCCGCCCCACAUGCUCCCUCCAGCCACCCCCGACCCCCUGCUUUUCCCUCCCCGGCCUUCCCUCCAGCGCGCCGCCCACUCCUUCCCAGGCCUUCCCUUCAGGCCCCCUGCCCGGACCUUCCCUAUGAGCACCUAAUCCGCUCCUUCCCUAUAGCUAUUUCCCUUCCCCUACAUGGGUCUUCCCUGUUAGCUGUCCCCUCCAGCCACCCCGAUCCCUCCCCAUCCGCCCCACAGGCCUUAUCUCUAGCCCUCUCCCCCUCACCUGAGCCUUCCCUUCAGCCACCCCACUCAUCCCACCCCUGCUUGGGCCUUCCCCCGAGCCAUCUUCCCCCUGCUCCCCUCAGGGCCUUCCCUCCAGCUACCCUGCCCAGGCCUUCUCUCCAGCCACCCUGUCCCCCUCCCCUGCUAAUCCUUCACCUGUGUCUUUCCUACCAUCCCCCUGCUAACCUCCCCCAUGCUGUCCUCCUCUCUCUCACCCCGGGCCAUCCCUACAGCCACCCCCAAACACCCCCCCUUCCUGAUCUUCUGUCCAGCCAUACCUGCCUGGUCCUUUCAUACAGCCACCCCUCUUCCUGCUUAUCCCCUGGGCCUUUCCGACAUCCCCCCCCCCAAGUCACCACCACAGGCUUUUGUCUACAGCCACUUCCACACAAAGACACUCUCACCCAUCCCAUGGUGGGGAGGUGGGGGAGAGCUUUGCCUACAGCUGCCCAUCCUUCCUCUUGCUCAUUCCUUCCCCCCACCCCCCAUCACCAGGGGGCUUUACCUAUGGCUGCCACCCUCAACUGUAAACCUGCACUACAGCCAUUUCCUACCUCUGCAUGCACAUAAGGAGCUUUGUUAGAUGUGCUGUGUGCUGUACAGUUUUUAAAAAAUCCCUCCUGCCAAGAGUUUACAAUUUAAAACCAUUAAUAUAUUUAACAGCAUUGAUCCUUGCCUCCACCACAAAAUCUGAACAAAUCAUGUUUAGUUUAAAAUAGAGGCAAUGCUUCUUACCACACUUUGGAUUGGAAUGCCAAAUUGCUGAAAUAUUUAAUAUAUUUGUGUUGUUUCAACCAUAACAUGUAAAGCUGUUUAAAAAGCCUCAACAAUUUUAGGCCCCAGCCUACAAUAUGAUUCUCAUAGGUGCCAGAGUCCUUCUAGGUGGAUCCAAUUGUUGGAGCAGAGCCUUAGACAUACUUGCUGAUGACUCCAACUAAUAAGGGGAAACAUGGUCAUCAAGCACAUUAGCUAACUUGAAAUUUAUUAAAGUUCAGGCCCUGAGAAGUCUGGACCAGCCACAGAUCUCCAACUCCUGACUCCCUUGAAGUAUCAUGGCAGUCAAGUGGACUAGUGGACAUUCCUCUUCUAUACUGUGCUUGAAUGUAAACAAAGAAGGGCUGGUAGCUUCCGGAGCAGAGAGAGGAGAACUCACAAUCUGGAAUGAAGAAGGGAUUCAUUUAGGACAGAUACAGCUUCCAAGGGCAGAUGAUGUCACCUGUGUUGUGUUCUCUCCCACCUACCCCAGCAGGCUAUACAUCUCCCAUGGUGAAACCAUUAGCAUAUUGGAUGUCAGAUCCCUUAAGGGGCCAGUUGAAUGCUUUCAUCUGAAUGAGGAAGAGAUCAAUUGCCUGUCAGUGAAUGAGACAGAUAGUGUCCUGGCUGCUGCAGAUGACUCUGGGGCAAUAAAAAUUAUGAACUUGGAAAACAAGAAAGUCAGCCGGUCCUUGAGGAGGCAUUCAAACAUCUGCUCCUCUGUAGCCUUUCGACCUCAGCGCCCUCAAAGCCUUGUGUCUUGUGGACUGGACAUGAAGGUUAUGCUGUGGAACCUGCAGAAAGCUCGCCCACUGUGGACCAUGACCCUGCAGGAGAACGAAGCAGAAGGAGCGGAACAGCAAUCAGCUGGCCAGUUCUUUAACCCUCCCCUAGCUCAUUCUCUGUCUGUUGCAGCAUGUGGCAACAUCUUUGGUUGUGGAGGUGAAGAUGGUAAAAUCCGGAUCUUCAGGGUAACAGGUGUCAAGUUUGAACAGGAGCUGGGGUUUAAGGGUCACACUUUGGGGGUGUCACAGGUCCUCUUUCUGCCAGAAGAAUAUUGGCUGCUUUCGGGAGGAAAUGAUGGGAAGGUGUUACUGUGGGAUGUCAGCAAUGAAGUUGGGAAGCAACUGAAGAGUCCUGUGAAAUCCAUCCACAGGAGGAAGGCCAGAACACCAGCUUCCACCAAGAGAGAUGGCGAGCCCAAUGCAAUGGUUACAAAUGAACAUGCCAGAGUUUUACCAAAACUAAGCAUAGAACAUGGAGAGAAGGUAAACUGGAUUUCAUGUGCAGAGGUCAAAGGCUUCAGGAGGGUAUUAGUUGCCGAUCAGAGAAGCUGUAUAUCUGUAUAUCCUCUGAUUGAAACCUAGACACAUUGUUUAAGGAAAUCUUGGCAAGUAGCUAGUUUUUUGGAUUGUUGUGAGCUGGCCUACCUGGUUCCCUACAGAGCACUCUCCUCUUUGUUACCAUAGAGAGUAAACUUCCUGUAGCUUAAAUAAUUCCCAGCUCUCAUGCAUGUUUAGAAGUGGCCAGGAAUUUGCUAUGGCACAUUAUGCACAUAAGUAACAAUGCUUUAUCUUUUUCAAUCGUGGCACAUCUUCACUGUAAAUAUUUUCUUGUGGGGUCGGAAGAUGGUGCAUCUUGAAUACAGGUGUAAGUUUGUUUGAAAUGGAUUGAGAGGAAUUGCAGGCUCAAAAAUGAGCAGACACUGAGGCAGCCUCAUGCUGCAGGUUGUAACAUUUUAUGUUUCAGUCUGCAAACAUUAUAAGAAGGUAUUCAGUCUGGGAGAAAAAUGGUGGCCUUUUCUGUAAAAACUAAAUCAAUGGGUGUGGUAAGCUUUGCUGAAGGUGUAAUUGACUGGAGUCCUCCAAAACCGCUGCACAAUAAUAAAACUACUAAUUUUCCUGCUAAUUCCCCUUUUUAAUUCUUUGCUUUCCUUAUUUCAACAUUUCUGGUAAUUUAGGCCUGAAUUAGACAUAUAUUCUGAUUAUCUGAUUAUUAGGGGGGAGGGAUAGCUCAGUGGUUUGAGCAUUGGCCUGCUAAACCCAGGGUUGUGAGUUCAGUCCUUGAGAGGGGCCACUUAGGGAUCUGGGGCAAAAUCAGUACUUGGUCCUGCUAGUGAAGGCAGGGGGCUGGACUCGAUGACCUUUCAGGGUCCCUUCCAGUUCUAGGAGAUGGGAUAUCUCCAUUAAUUAAUUAAAAAAAAAAUCUGAGCUGUGACAACUGAAAUGUGGGUUGCAAGCAUGUUUGAACUAUUUUUAAUUUAAUAUAGUUAAGAAUAAUUACUGAAGGGGUUAAAUAGCUAAAUUGAUUUAAAGUUCAUCAUUGAGUGGGAUUUUCAGACUGGAACAACAUUAGGGGAUGGGGGGAAAUGUUAACAGCUAUUAACUUGGCUUGUCCUCUGAUUUCAUGUGUCAGAAGAAAAAAAUGUUUUAGAACUGUUUCAAUAAAAGCUUUCUCCAUCACUGUGCUACUUGUGCUCCUGCUAGCUCUUGUAUGACUAUCCUAUGUAACCCUAUAUGCUGUGAAAAAUGUGAAGUUGAGGAUUUUAUAACUUAAAUGCAGAGAAUAAUAAAAACACAGAGGGCCAAA